CUGGUUCCUCUUGCAAAUUGAUGAAACUAUGGCAUUGUGUUCAACGUUCUCAUUUCAUUCCUUCCCUCUGCGUUUUGCUUCGAACGACGUCAACCAAACAAAGCUGAAGAAUCCUCUUUUCCCAAUGUCAUUCUCUUCAAAGUCACCGUUACAUUUACCUGUAAACGGCAAAUUCAACAACAAACGAAGCAUUUUCAAAUUUCGAGCUUCAAGCUCUAACUCAAGCAAACCCUCAUCCUCGGGCAGUGGCACCACCGUAAUUUUAUUGAGUUCCGCUAUUACCGUCACAUUAGCAGUAGCAAAUCGCGUGCUUUAUAAACUUGCUCUUGUUCCCAUGAAAGAUUACCCCUUUUUUCUCGCUCAGCUCACUACUUUUGGGUAUGUUGUUAUAUAUUUUACCAUCUUAUAUAUCCGAUACCGUGCGGGGAUUGUAACCGAUGAGAUGCUAGCAAUUCCCAAAUUGCGUUUUUUGUACAUUGGGUUUCUAGAAGCUUUGGGGGUGGCUACUGGAAUGUCUGCUGGAGCCUUACUUCCCGGACCAGUCAUACCCGUGUUGAAUCAGACUUUUUUGGUUUGGCAGUUAAUGUUUUCUACUCUUCUCUUGGGGAGAAGGUACUCAAUCAACCAACUUGCUGGGUGCUUUCUUGUAGCUGCUGGUGUUGUGCUGGCUAUUGCAAGUGGCUUUAAUGCAGGCCAAAUGCUUUCUAAAGUUGACUUCUUUUGGCCAGCAUUGAUGAUAGUUUCUUGUGCCUUUCAAGCUGGGGCUUCUGUAAUCAAGGAGUCUGUUUUCAUUGAUUCUGCCACUCGGUUAAAGCGCAAGUCACUGGACAUAUUUGUGGUCAAUUCUUUUGGAUCUGGGUUUCAGGCUCUCUUCGUACUUCUCUUUCUACCUUUACUUUGUAACUUGAAAGGCAUACCACUUGUUCAACUUCCUUCUUAUCUUAAAAGUGCGGCUGAUUGCUUUCUAAACCUUGGAGCUGAUAAACCAAGUCAUGAUGGCGCACCCUUGCUUCCGUUACUUUACAUAAUUACCAAUUUAGCAUUCAACAUAUCCCUGCUUAAUGUACUAAAGUCUUCAUCCGCAGUUGUUUCUUCUCUUAUGGUAAUGUUGUCAGUGCCAAUUUCGGUUUAUGUUCUUUCCCUUCCAUUACCAUAUCUUCCUGAGGGAACAAGCCUGAGCCCAUUUUUUCUACUUGGCUGUGCAAUGCUUGUAUGUGGUCUUUAUCUGUACAACACCACCCGACCUGCGAGGAAUAGUUCUGAAGUUGACUGAAACAUAUCCAUUUAAUGAAACCAAUACUGAAGAGAAACCACCAGCCUGGGCACUCUAUCGCACUAAGAAAGUCAGCCAUGAGGCACUCUAGUCAUGGUGAAAUAUAUUUCCCCCGAUUAUGUCCAAAUUAUACAUAUUCAGUAUUCUUGCGAUUAUUAUUUUUGAGAGUAAAAUCAAUUAGUUUUAACUUUUUAAGGGCAUUUCUGCUUUACGGUAGAUAACUUCCUUACCAUUUGAUCAUUACAACUUUUUACUUCCUCUUAACCAUUUGUGCAAGUGUGUAUUCCUGUAUAUUAAUAGAUAGAAGCAGAUGUGAU